UCCAACGGUUAAUUAACCCAUAUUCAAAUUCAAAUUUCCCCCUCUUCUCUCCUCUCUUAUACUCCAAUGGCGACUCCAGCAAAAACCCCAUCAAAAACCUCAUCAUCAUCGAAAUCUUCUCAAUCCGCCAAAAGAAAGCACCACCAAAUCACCCAAAAUCCUAACUCUAACACUUCCAUGCCACCAUCUAAUGAAUUCAAAUCCAGAUUUGAAGCUUACAAUCGCUUACAAGCUGCUGCUGUUGCUUUCGGUGAGAAGCUCCCAAUACCGGAAAUUGUUGCAAUUGGUGGACAGUCUGAUGGAAAGAGUUCUCUUCUUGAAGCUUUGCUUGGGUUUCGAUUUAAUGUAAGGGAAGUUGAAAUGGGUACUCGAAGACCUUUGAUUCUUCAAAUGAUUCAUGAUUCUUCCGCUUCCGAACUUCAAUGCCGUUUUCAAGAAGAGGAUUCUGAGGAAUAUGGGAGCCCCAUUUCACUGGCAUCUACUAUUGCGGAUACAAUUAAAUCACGUACUGAGGUGCUUCUGAAGAAGACUAAAACAGCAGUUUCUUCCAAGCCUAUAGUUAUGAGAGCUGAGUAUGCUUACUGUCCAAAUUUGACUAUAAUCGAUACCCCAGGCUUUGUUCUUAAGGCUAAAAAGGGAGAGCCAAACAAUACGCCUGAUGAAAUUUUAUCAAUGGUGAAGUCAUUAGCAAGUCCACCUCAUCGAAUUAUAUUGUUCCUUCAACAAAGUAGUGUCGAAUGGUGCUCAUCUUUGUGGCUGGAUGCUAUUCGUGACAUUGAUCCAACUUUCAAACGAACAAUAAUCGUGGUCUCAAAAUUUGAUAAUCGACUAAAGGAAUUUAGUGAUCGUUGGGAGGUUGAUCGAUACUUAAGCGCAAGUGGUUACCUAGGAGAAAAUAUCAGGCCUUUUUAUGUAGCUCUUCCCAAGGAGAGAAAUACAAUUUCAAAUGAUGAAUUUCGGCGUCAAAUAUCUCAAGUUGACUCUGAAGUUUUGCACCAUCUUCGUGAAGGUGUUAGCGGAGGUUUUGACGAAGAGAAGUUUCUCCCCUUUAUUGGUUUUAAUUCUGUUAGGGGGUUCUUGGAGUCUGAACUUCAGAAGCGAUACAAGGAAGCCGCACCUGCAACACUGGCAUUGCUUGAGCAGCGUUGCUGUGAAGUUACUUCUGAGUUGGCUAGACUGGAAUCAAAGAUACAGGCAACUUCUGAUGUUGCACAUCUCAGGAGGUCAGCAAUGUUGCACACGGCUUCAAUAAGUAGUCAUGUGGGAUCAUUGAUUGAUGGAGCAGCUGAUCCUCCCCCAGAGCAAUGGGGGAAAACAACUGAGGAGGAGCGGUUGCACAGUGGUAUUGGGAGUUGGCCUGGUGUUACUGCAGACAUCAAACCUGCGAAUUCUAAGUUGCGACUUUAUGGAGGUGCUGCCUUUGAAAGAGUUAUGCAUGAAUUUCGAUGUGCUGCAUAUUCUGUUGAUUGUCCUCACGUAUCCAGGGAAAAGGUGGCCAAUAUUUUGCUUGCCCGUAUGGGUCAUGGUGGAAGUAGAGGCAUAACAGAGGCAGCUGCUGAGAUUGCACGUAAUGCUGCCAGAACUUGGCUUGCACCUCUGCUGGACACUGCUUGUGAUCGACUUGCAUUCGUUUUGUUGAAUCUUUUUGAUCUUGCAAGUGAGCGAAAUCAUUGCCAGAAUUUGGACUAUGGGAAGAACACAGGAGACAUGGAUGGCUAUGUUGGUUUUCAUGCUUCUUUGAGGCACUCAUUCAACAGGUUCAUUAAAGAUCUUGCAACCAAAUGUAAACAGCUUGUACGACACCACCUUGAUUCAGUGACAAGUCAAUACUCUCUUGCGUGCUAUGAAACUAAUGUACAUGGAGGUUUUCUAACUUCUGCUUACAGACAAGUUUCUCCUGCAUCACUUUGUCCUGAUCUCUCCGACAGUGCUCGAGCUUUGCAAGAUGAAACUGCAGCAAACCAAGAGAAUGUUCCUCCAGAAAAAAAUGAACGGGAAACUACACCAGGCAAGGGUCCAGAAGGAAGAGAGGCUCUUCGAGGAAAUCUAAUAACAGUGCCUGAGACCCCCUCUCCUGAUCAGCCUGGCGACUUGAUAUAUGGUUUAGUGAAGAAAGAGACAGAGAAUUUCAUCGAAACUGGAGCAAGGAAAAGGCACCCAAGAAUAUUGGCCAACAGCAGAAAUAAUGGCAGUCUUUACUUCGGAAGUGGGGAUAAUUGUUCAAGAUCAGUUUCUGCUUAUGCUGACAUUUGUUCGGCAGCUGCUCUUCAUUUUGCUCGUAUACGUGAAGUUCUUGUUGAGAAGAGUGUGACAACAGCAUUAAAUUCUGGAUUUUUGACUCCUUGUCGAGAAAGGCUGAUGGUAUCUCUUGGGAUGGAUUUAUUUGCUGUAAAUGAUGAAAAAUUCAUGGAUAUGUUUGUUGCACCUGGGGCGAUUGAUAUUCUUCAAAACGAAAGGCAGUCUCUCAAAAAGCGGCAAAAGAGCCUCCAAUCUUGCUUGGAUGAAUUUAAGAGUGUUGCUAGGACUCUCUGACGUAGCUUCAGGAUCGUUCUUCAGCUCCAACUCAGUUUUCUGUUGUUACUGUUGCUGCUAGCAACAGCAAUAUUCCUUGUAUUGUUACUGACUGUUACUUGCAAUGCCACUUCUCUGUCGCUGACACCCAAUCUCGGUGAACAACAGCCAGUAAGAGGUCAGUUGUUUGCUCUUGUAUGCAAUAGAUGAGUGCUUUCCUAUGUAAGCAAUUGUUAAUAUUUCAUAAAGGUUAUGUGCUGUUGGGGGUCGCACUUGGAUCGGAAUGGUUAGCUUUGGGUCUAUUGGGUCUGCACAAGUUCGGUACCGGUUGAAGUUUGAGUUGAGUGUUAAUCAAACUCAGGGUGUCAUCGGUUAAUAAUUGGGUUGUGUUUCCGUGCACGAGUCAAGUUCAAGGCUUACUUUUUGAGUAUGAAUCGGUUACUAGCUACUAUGAAUUUGGGUCAAUAUCAGAUUAAGUUGCUAGUUCUUAAAUUGAGUAUGAUCGGAUUCUUUUUCCUUAAAAAAAUGUGGUUACAAUGCAAAUUAGUUGAUGAUUUAUCGGAUGCACCAAAUCAAUGUCUUAUAAUUGUUUCAAUUGGAGACGUGUAUCAUUGUCAACGCUUAUUUUACGAAUCGGUCCAUAACAAUUUUGGGUUUUAGGUUUCAUCAACUGUUAUUCAAAAGAAUUUUAGGAUUGAUUUGCAAA